AUGCGGAAUGUUAGUAGUGGUUUAGAUGUUCAAGAACAAACUGCCGCAAGCAUACCAACAGUUGUGUUACCAACCGAUUUUUCUAAAUGUCCGCGUACUGAUUUAAUUGCAUUGAUUUCUCGAAUGCUGGUCUUUUUGAUACAUAUCAAUGAGAAGAACAAAAAAAGUAAUAGUAAAAAUCAAAGUCAUGAGGUAAAGUUAACCCGUUUUCAUUCUAGUGCCCCACCUUCAAUAUCAGUUUAUAAUUAUUUAUUACGAUUAGCUAAAUAUUCUUCAAUUGAACAAUGUGUUUUUUUGACUUCGCUUUAUUAUAUUGAUUUAUUGUCCAGCGUUUAUAAGGAUUUUACAUUAGACUCUUUAACAGUUCAUCGGUUUCUAUUAACAAGCACAACAGUAGCAAGUAAGGGGCUUUGUGAUACAUUUUGUACAAAUGCGCAUUAUGCUAAAGUUGGUGGAGUUCAAUGCAGUGAAUUAAAUCUAUUGGAAAGGGAAUUUCUUCGAAGAAUUAACUAUCGGAUAUUGCCAAGAGAUGAUAAUAUCACAUUGUGCAAAUAUGAAUCACAUCUAGGAAAAGUUGUUAUUACUGAUAAAAUAGAAUAUGAAUAUGUCCUUAAAAAUACCAAGAAUCAUGAAAAUUCAGGUUAUAACGUUUUAAAUACAUAUUAUAGAAAGAUAAUUCAACUUGUAGGGAAAUUUAGUUUGGCUACAGAUAUAUCAAGAAGGGCAAAUUUUGUGCUAGAAGAUACUCUCUCUCAUAUAGUACAAAAUGAUAACAACGGUAAAAAAAGAUCUUUUGAAGCCAUUCAGGCUUCGUUACAUGGUGAUCUAGGUUUGUCAGCAAGCUAUACCUUGCAAGGUAACACUUUUCAUAAUUAUUCUGAUGAAAAGAAGGCUUUAAAAAAGCAAAAGUAA